AUGGAUUCAAGAGACAUCCCACCGUCGCCGCACCAACAGCUUCAACCACCACCGGGAAUGCUAAUGUUUCAUUACCGUAACCCUAACGCCGCCGGAAUCAUGGGUCCCACCUCAACAUCUCAAUCGAUCCAGCACCGUCUACCUUUCGGCACUCUCGCGCCACAUCUUCCUCAAACCCAACCGCCUCAGACGCUUCAGCAGCAGCAACAGCAAAUGGAUCAGAAAACGCUUGAAUCGCUCGGGUUGGGCGACGGAUCGCCUUCUUCUCAGUCCAUGCGAUUUGGGAUCGAUCAGAACCAGAACCAGAAUCUUCAGCCGCAAGUGAAGAAGAAGAGAGGAAGGCCGAGGAAAUACGCUCCUGAUGGUAACAUUGCGUUGGGUUUAGCUCCGACGUCGCCUGCUUCUAACUCAUACGGUGGUGACGGCGUAGUCGGUGAUAGUGGCGGUGCAGGUGGAAACGCCAACUCUGCUGAUCCCCCUGCUAAACGUAACAGAGGAAGACCUCCUGGCUCUAGCAAGAAACAGCUUGAUGCUUUAGGAGGAACAGCUGGAGUAGGGUUUACACCUCAUGUCAUUGAAGUGAAGAUAGGAGAGGAUAUUUUAUCAAAGGUGAUAGCUUUUUCGGAUCAAGGGCCAAGAACAAUCUGUAUUCUCUCUGCAAGUGGUGCAGUUAGUACUGUGACGCUUCGUCAAGCUUCUAAUCCUAGUGGAAGUGUUACUUAUGAGGGACGGUUCGAGAUCGUUACUCUCUCAGGCUCAUUCUUGAAUUACGAGGUGAAUGGUUCCACCAACAGAAGUGGUAGCUUGAGUGUGGCUUUGGCUGGAUCCGAUGGCAGGAUUUUAGGUGGCUGUGUAGUUGGUGCCUUAGUAGCUGCAACACAAGUCCAGGUGAUAGUGGGAAGCUUUGUGGCAGAAGCAAAGAAAGCGAAACAGAGUAGUGGCAACAAUGCAAGGGGACAGAAUCCUGAACCGGCUUCAGCACCGGCUAAUAUGUUGAACUUUGGAUCAAACUCUCAGGGACCAUCAAGCGAGUCAUCAGAUGAGAAUGAGAGUGGUUCUCCUUCCAUGCAGCGUGACAACAAUAAUAAUGGGAUUUAUGGAAGCUCUGUGGCUCAACAACAACAAGCUCUGCGUCAGAUGCAAAUGUACCAGAAUCUUUGGCCACCAAAUGAAAUCGCUCGCAUUACUGGUAUCACGGUUCCCACCGGCUACAAACCAGACACUUGUGGAUGGAUAUUCACUAAAACAGGUCGUUAUACGGUCAAAUCGGGGGAUAGUUAUUUACAGGAGUUAAAAGAAGAUGAGGUCCUUCCGGUUUUCGGUCCAGAUACCCGUAGAUUGCAAGUUCAAUCAUGGAAAGUAAAAUGUACAACAAAACUCCAACACUUUCUCUCGCAAAUCAUUACUGGAUGUCUUGCGGUUGGCGCACAGUUAUGCAGCCGGGGAAUGCGGGUGGACCCGCAAUGUGUGAGAUGUGGGAUUGGGGACGAGACCGUAAACCAUAUGCUGUUUGACUGCCCCCCAGCUCAUCAGGUCUGGGCCCUGUCCCCAAUACCUACGCCUCCUUUGACCUUCCCUACGGAAGCUCUGUUUUCAAAUAUGGCUCACUUAUUUUGGAAUCUUUCCGAUAAUGAGGAUAUGAUGAUAUUUCCAUGGUUACUGUGGUUUAUUUGGAAAGCUCGCAAUUAUAAGGUGUUCUCGAAUGAUGAUCAGGAUUCGAGGGAUGUACUCGAAUCUGCAAUAACAGAGGCACGUGCAUGGGCUGCUGCCCAAACGGGUGAGCUUAGGGCGCAUGUGUGUACAGUUUCACAUAUGGAGCACGGAUUGGUGGGAGAAUGGUGCAAGUUAGAUGGGGCAUGGAAGGAAACAGAAGGUCGGGCGGGUCUUGGUUGGUUAAAAUUUAACCCCGAAUCGGGCUCAGUUUUGGUCGGCGCUUGUAAUCUCCGCCGAGGGCUAUCACCUUUACAGACAGAGCUGGAAGCUUUAGUUUGGGCUAUGCAAAGCAUGUUAGUCCACAAUAAACGGCGAAUGAACUUUCAAAAGAACUGUGCAGAUUUGGUGAAGAUGGUGUCCAGACCCAAAGAGUGGCCGGUGUUUGAGAUUCUACUUGACCAGGUUGAGAAGUGCAAGAGGAAGUUUCAGGCGUUCUCCUUAAUCCACAUCCCUAGGACAAAGAACACAAAGGCGGACAAGCUAGCACAUAGUGCUCGAAUCUGUGCUCGAGAUCAGCUUUACGAUGUGUAUUACAUAAACUCAGUGCCACCCGUCUCGCUUCCCGAACCGCGUUAA